UUUCUUGACGCGGUAAUAGUUAUUGACUUCUUGCUUUGUUGUGCACCCAUUCUCUUCAUUUUCAUCAAUAAUAAAACACUUCCUUCUUUCUAGAAACAACAAACUCAUUUUUUCCCUCUUUAGAUGUUUCUCAACUUUUUCUUUCAUUUCCUCAAUCACAAACAUCAUUCCCAGGAAACACCUUUUUCUUUUCACUUUCACUCAGACAACACCAUAACCUCAUAACUCUCUUGCAUUUAAUAAAAAUCCCAAAAAAAAUAUAAUUUAAUUCCCUCUUUUUUAUUUUAUUUUAGCUAGACUAUUUUUUUUUUACAAGGUUUAAGGUUAAAGCGUGAACGUGUUAACCUUUCUUAAAGGUUUGAAAUAAAACAGGGUGGUAGUAGGUUUGAGUUUUCUUCAAGGUUUGGUUUUUAUUUUAUUUUUUAUUUUUUAUUUAUUUUUUUUAUUUUCAACAUUGACAGAAAGAGAAAGUUUCCAUUUGUUACGGAAUAAUUUUUGUGUCUAAUGCAGAAAGGGAAAUAUUGUGUUUUGAAUUCAUAACAUUGCUUUUUAAAGAGACAGAGUAGAUUGAGAUUUUUCCGUAGAAAAAAAUAUGGGUAUCUAAAUUCUAAAUACUACAAGUUUUUGACUCUUUCUUCUAAAAGGGUCAUUUCAAGAUUUUUUUUUUCUUUUCUUUUUCAAUUUCUAUAAUUUCUCAAUCUCUCUCACUUUUUUUUCCCUUUAUUUGGGUUCUCAUUGUCUUCAAAGUUGAGAUAGAAGCUAAAACUCUUUCUCAAGUUUAUUUUUCUUCUUUCAUAAAAAAAAAAAAAAAAUAGUUGAUUUUUCUUAUUUGAUACUACGAUUUUUGAUAAAGGGUCAAUGCAAUCUAAGUCUAACCUUGAUUGCUUCCUUCGGUGUACAACACCUAUGGUACCAUCAAAGUUUCUUCAAGAGCAUGAGAUUAAAAAGCUUAAUCGUUUAUGGAAUCCAUGGGAUAGAGAACAAGUUGAAUAUUUCACUUUGGGUGAUUUAUGGAAUUGUUUCAAUGAAUGGAGUGCCUAUGGAGUUGGAGUUCCAAUUAGUUUGACUAAUGAGGAGACACUUGUGCAAUACUAUGUUCCUUACCUCUCCGCAAUUCAAAUAUUCACCAGCAAUACUUUUAGGGAAGAGAUUGAGUGUGGUGAUUGUGAGACAAGAGAUUCAUUGAGCUUGAGUGAUUCUUACAGCGAUGAUAGUGAAUGUGAUAAUAAGCAAUGGAGAUGGGAUGCAACAACUUCAUCAGAAGAAGGAACAAUUGAACAAGAUAGUCUUUGGCAUUUGAAUGAUCGAUUGGGUCAUCUUUAUUUUCAGUAUUUUGAAAAAUCAACUCCAUAUGGAAGAGUUCCUUUAGUGGAUAAGAUUAAUGGGUUAGCAGAAAGAUACCCAGGAUUGAUGUCACUUAAAAGUGUUGAUCUUUCACCAGCAACUUGGAUGGCAGUUGCUUGGUACCCAAUAUAUCAUAUUCCCAUGGGAAGAACAGUUAAAGAUCUUUCAACAUGCUUCCUCACUUACCACACACUUUCAUCUUCAUUUCAAGAUAUGGACCUUGAUGAUGGAAUGGAAGGAACCCAAGUGAAGAGGAAGGAAGGUGAAGGAAUCUCUCUACCACCAUUUGGUUUGGCCACAUACAAGAUGCAAGGGAAUGUGUGGGUCUCUAACAAAUAUGGUAGGGACCAAGAAAGGCUAGUUUCACUAUGGAGUGUGGCUGAUUCAUGGUUGAAGCAACUAAAGGUCCACCAUCAUGACUUUAAUUACUUCAUGGGCAUUAGGCAUGGGUAAAACAGAUUAUUGCACUCCUACUAGUACUUUACAAUUUGACCUCUUAAAUCCACUUUUUGGGAUAUUUGGUUGUUGAGCCCUUGUUUGGACCAUUAAUAUUUUGCAUAUUAUUUUAGAGUAUGUGUGAGGAAUGAGGACUUUGGUAGUUGUUUAACAUUUGAGAGCAUUUUAGGACAAUCCCUUGUGAGAUUCCAAAGAAAGUGAAUUGACUAUUUUUAGUAGCUUAUUGUCAAGAGGUCUUAUUGUGUAGAGAGUUAGUUGAGAUUUGAGACUUCAAUAUGGGUUGUCACUUUGUAUGUUGACCAUGAUUUUAGUUAAUGGAUGAAAUGAGAUAUGUGGCAUAUUUCCUUAAUUGCCACCUUACAAUUGA